AUGGAUGCCGAAUCACCCGCCGAGAGGGAGAACAGGACUCGCUCCCUGUGGAAGAAGCUGGACACACAGAACGAGGGCUUCCUCGACUUCAAGGCCUUCAGGAAGGGCCUGAAGAAGCUCGAUCACCGUGAGCAUCCGUCCCGACCUGCUUGUGCCGAUAGAUGGCUGACACGCGUCAAUUGCNNAGCUCUGAAGAAUGCAGAUGGCUUGAUCGAAGAUGUGCUGCAGGCUGCCGACAUCAACAACAGUGGUCGCAUCGAAUACGAUGGUCAGCAUGAAGCCUGCCAAUCCCGAACAAACCACCCGCUGACCCGACAANNAGAGUUCCGCAAAUUCGUCGACCAGACCGAACGAGAGCUCUGGCAGCUCUUCCAGAGCAUAGACCGCAACCAUGACGGCAACCUCGACAAGGGCGAGUUACGCGCUGCUUUUGUGCGUGCCGGCCUGGCCGUGCCCAACUCGCGCCUCGACAGCUUCUUCGACGACGUCGAUACGGACAACGACGGCGUUAUCAACUUUGGAGAAUGGCGGUACGUCGUCAGAGCCAUAAAGAGUUGGUCUGAGACUAAUGACAAGCAGNNCGACUUCCUCCUGUUCAUGCCCACCGGCACGCCCGGACUCAAGGCCGUCAUGUCAUAUUACCAGUCAGCCAUGAAGGUGACUCAAGAGGGCGAUGUGUCGGUCAGCGAUGAGACAAUUCAGGGACUAGGUACUGCAACCUCCUUUCUUAAGCACUCGCUCUUUGGGGCCAUCACCCGAAUUGCUUCACCACCACCACCAGCACCCUCACCACCUCAAGCUACGCAGCCCGCAAGCAAUCCACCUCUCCCGUCACUCCACAAAGAAGCCGCUGUUGUCUCUGAUCAUGACGACCGAUCAUAUGCAUCGCGUGCCCAGGACUUUAUGAGCAUGCUGACGGAGUUCGUCCCUGAUCCAGGCUAUUUCCUGGCUGGCGGCAUAUCAGGCGUCGCUUCGAGAACCACCACCGCCCCUCUUGACCGUCUCAAAGUCUACCUCAUCGCACAGACUGGCACCAACGAAGCCGUGCAAGCCGUCAAAAGCGGUGCACCCACUGCUGCAGCAAAGUCGAGCGCGAACACUUUGGUCAGAGCCUGCAAAGAGCUUUGGGCUGCAGGCGGUAUCCGUAGUCUAUUUGCUGGCAAUGGUUUGAACAUCGUCAAGGUCAUGCCCGAAUCUGCCGUCAAGUUCGGCUCGUACGAGGUAAGUGCUAGCGUCUUUCCUGUAGGAAUAAUUCUGACAUCCAGUCCANNGGCUGCGAAGAAGAUGGUCGCACGAUUCGAGGGACACACAAACACACGAAAGAUCUCACCAGUCUCGCAAUUCAUUGCGGGCGGUGUAGCGGGAAUGGUUUCACAAGCUGUCGUCUACCCUCUCGACACGCUAAAAUUCCGAAUGCAAUGCGAGACUGUACCAGGAGGUCUCCGUGGAACAAAACUCAUCGCCGCGACUGCCGUCAAGAUGUGGGGUAAGAACGGCAUCUUCUCCUUCUACCGCGGCCUACCCAUGGGCCUUGUUGGCAUGUUUCCCUAUGCGGCUAUCGAUCUGGGCACCUUCGAGUAUCUGAAACGCACCAUCACCGCGUACAAUGUUAAGAAAUACGGAGGACACGAGGCCGAUGCUGCACCUAGCAGCUUCGCAACAGCUCUCAUAGGUGGCUUCAGUGGUGCCAUUGGCGCGUCCGCCGUCUAUCCCCUGAACCUGCUCCGAACCAGACUGCAGUCGCAAGGCACUGCCAGCCAUCCCCGUACUUACACGGGCAUCAUGGACGUCACCAGACAGACCCUUGCAGGAGAGGGUGUCAGAGGUCUCUUCAAGGGCCUCACGCCCAACCUGCUCAAAGUUGUGCCAGCCGUGUCCAUCACCUACGUCGUUUACGAAAACACCAAGAAAGCCUUGAACCUUCGCUGA